AGGUCGCAUAUUCACCUGCAUCUUGGCGAGUGCCAGAGACGCUUGUAUAAAUGCGCAGUUACUGGGUGCAAUAACACGUCUCUGCCCCACGAGCCCACGCUAGAGGGCCAGGAACGCGUGAACAUCUGUCUCUAAGAACAUCUUCUUUGGAGGCUAGCAUAGCACUCGGCAUGCCCUUAAAAGCAUUAAAUGAGCGCAAGAAAGAACUAGGCGCGCUAGUACCUGGUGCCUGGAAGUAUUAUUUAGUAACUAGUAUCAGUAAAUUGUUUGAAUUUUAAGAACUUAGAUAAUAAGUACCAAUAGUUUAUUGGAGGUCACUUACACAAACACGAACACAAGCAAUGUUUGAAAGGGAUGUCACUAAAACAGGGAACGGGUAGUAAGGAACGAGCACGGGAACGGGGAUAUGGAAAAUAGGAACAAAACCUAACUUGAACCCAGCCCUAACAGUAAUUUCAUUCACAGUUUUCUGUUUCGUUCCCAUUUUUAAUUUUUCCUGCUUGUCGUUCCCGGUCACCCGUUUCUGAAUGUCCGGACAUUUAUUUUCUGAUUUAUCGAUCUGGUUUUUAUUACUUCACUUUUCCUCGUAUUGGACAGGCUGGCGAAAAUAUUGGGAUAAAGUUGCAAAAGAUAGAGUUUCAGAUGGACUCUCAAGCUCGCUGAUCAAACAGAGGGAAAAGAUCCAGCAAGCCCAUUCUUCUGCUUUGAACGGUGCACGUUUCGAUGCAUCUGGCGGAGAACAUGCACCCCCAAAAAAUUGGAAUUGGGACAAGUGAUUUCCUCCAAACCGCUCACUGUCCGAGCAAGGUCGGUGCAUUUUAUGGAGAUACCAUGAGUUAACAUGAUCUAAAAGAGGAGUGACCAAUUCUUGCCCCAAAUCUAUCUAAUGCCUCAAAAAUUUUCAGGCUAAUGGAAAGCUGUACAUUUCCAUUCAAACUAUCUAUCCCGUAGAAUAGAAGUUUAAUGAUCAAUACUUUUUCUAUCAACUUACAUGUUGCUAAUAAGCACCUUGUCUACCGGGGUAAUUGAGCACCUAAACCCGCAGUUUUUAAUUUAUGGUUAUGAAGUAAUCUGUAAAUGUACACUUGACAUGCCAAUAAUGGUUAUUUAUUUAUCUUUUUUGUUUUAUAUGUUUUCCUCAGGUUCGGACUAAUCAGAGACGGUGAAGUGGAUAAAAUAUUCAAAACUCGUUCACCAGAAAGUAUAUGCGAGGGAAGUUCAUUUAGCACCGAGGCAGACUUAGGUCGCCUCACUGAUGUACAAGAACUGAUAAUUAAAGUAAUUAUAUUGAUCUACAGCUAUGAAUAA